AUGGCACCAGAACAAUAUUCAGAGCUAUUAGAAGAAAUUCAGAUAAAUCUGGAGAAAUUAGAGAGAAAUGUAAUAGAGACAAAAAAGAGGAAAUACCUAAGAGAUAAGGAAGACUAUGCGAGGGACCAAGUAAGAUCAUACACUAAAGUACAAGAGAGAUUUACUAACAAUACGUGGCGAAACACACAGAAUCUCUCUAAAAACAACUACUACACAAAGACAAAUCAAUCAUCAAUAUAUAAUUCUCCACGUAAUGAAAGAUCCAGAAAUAGAUCUAGGACUAAGCUACCACACAGAACAGUCCAUAGAUCCAGAUCAUUAGGAAAGACUAGGGAUGAUUGGGAAACAGUAGUGAGGAGAAAGAGAGUACCAUCACCAAAAAGGUAUCAGGAUAGAACAUCUAGACCCAAUAUACCGUUAAUUAAGCCCUACGACAAUAGGUCACGCACCAAUAUACGUCACGAGACCACACAUUCCCAUCAUAAUAGAUUUCAAUCUUUGAACAUCCCUCAAAAUGAUGAGGAUUUUUGGCCCAGACAUAUGAGGGGACAUUACAAAGAGACCCCCACAUAUCAGGCAUCACCAGGGAAACGGAGAAGAAGUUUAGAGGAAGGGGAGGUAGAGGAGGCAUACGGAUACAAAAAGGAAAGGAGAGAAAUACCCCAAAAAAGAACGGAAUUUUCAACCUCUCUAAACGAGAAUUAA